AUGUCCUCGGCAGCAGAGCGGCUGGCCGCCCUGAAGGCACGGGUGGCGGCGGCCGUUUCGGGGCCCAAGACGGAAGAUGGCGCAAGCGGAAGUAGCAGCACACGACGAAACGAGGGCAGCGGUAACACAUUUGGCAACGAUGAUUCCGGCGGACGAACAAGCGGUCUGCCGCCGUCGGGCGGUCUCAAUGUGCCGCUCCAUCCGGCACUCGAGAACCUCAACGCGCCUUUCUCCUCCUCGUCGACCUCCAAGCCAUUCGGUCGCGGCGGCAAGCGCGACAACCGCAAGACCCGCCCCAACCCCUAUCUCGACGCGAGCCCAGCGACCGUGGCCACAGCCGAAGGCGACGCAAUCGUCGAAGCAGCUGCGGCUGCACCAGCACCGGCUGCACGCGCACGUCACUCACGGCAGCUCCUGUUCAACGAGCAGGGAAAGUACAUCCAGCAGGGCAAUGCGCUGCGGCGGCAGGCGGCGCUCGAGGCGAUGAAACGGCGGAUUGCGGAGCAGGCGCGCAAGGCCGGCAUGGACGAGAUCCCCAGCGACAAGAACUUUGUGGUCGAGGCGCCACCAGACAUUGAGUGGAUCGACCAGGCCUACUUUGCCGAGGGCAAGACAUACGACGACCUCGACAUGCCCGACUGCCUGGUGGUGGCAAAGCCCAAGGUGGCGGGCGAGACACCGGGCGACGAGGGCGAGGAGAGCAUCAUCACAGACCUCGUGUCGCACCCGAUCCCGAUUGAGCCGCCACAGGACAAGCUGGUUCCAGACGCCAAGCCCAUGUACCUGACGAAGCAGGAACAGAAGAAGCUGCGACGGCAGCGGCGCAUGGCGGAGCUCAAAGAGAACCAGGCCAAGAUCCGGCUGGGUCUCAUGCCGGCGCCGCCGCCCAAAGUCAAGCGAUCCAACCUGAUGCGCGUGCUGGGCGAGGAGGCCGUGCAGGACCCGACAGCCGUGGAGGCGCGUGUCAAUCGCGAGAUUGCGGGGCGUUUUGACAAGCACAUGGAGGCGAACGAGUCACGGCGGCUUACCAAAGAGCAGCGGCACGAGAAGCUAGCAGCGAACCAGGAAAAGGACGCGGCCAAGGGCAUCCACAUGCUCAUCUUCCGCAUCACGACGCUGGCCAACGGGCAGCACCGGUACAAGAUCUGGAAGAACGCCGAGCAGCUGGCGCUGACGGGCGUGUGCGUGAUGCAUCCCAAGGCGAGCCUGGUGGUGGUUGAGGGCGGCGAGUACAGCAUCAACAAGUACCGCAAGCUGAUGAUGAACCGCAUCGACUGGACGCAGAACAUCCCCACAACGAUCCCGACACCAACGCCGUCGGCCGUGGGUCGCAUCCCCAAUGUGCCGGGCCAGAACAAGGGGCCGUCGCGCGAGUGGCUGGCCAGCGAGAGCGAGUCGUUGCCAAACAACCAGAUUCUGUUGUUGUUCGACGGCGAGACCAAGGGCCGCGUGUUCCACAAAUGGUCCAGCAAGAUCUGCGACACAGACCGGGAGGCCUUUGACUUUCUGGCGCGGACGAAGCUGGAGAGCUUCUGGACACAGGCACGGGCAGGCUCUUAG